ACUGUUAGUUAUCCAUCAGCCAUUUUCGACAGAUGGUUUUCAUUGCCCUCCAAGAGCACUACAAAGAAUUUAUUCAUCGCGUUGAAAAUUCGUUCUGCUUAAAAUUUCAUUUGAUUUAAUUCGUUUGAUUUUGGUGAAAUUCGUGUGCAAUAUUGAAGUAUUAAAUCGACAAAAUGCUGAUUGGAUUAGUUCGUGAUUCAGUUUUGCAAUGUUUCUGUCAUACAUGCCGUGUCCCUGGUUUACCGGCAGCGGGCAACAUUCGUGCAAUGUCGGCAAAAACAUUGCGAACAAAACAACCAAAACUAUCAAACCGGCAAAAGUUCAUUUCCACGGAAAUUCGUUGCCAAGAAAAAUCAAAGGGUGGUGUUUGUUAUGAAGUAAUUCUCGGUCAACCCGUCGCUGUUCCACCAAUGAAACAAAUCAAAAAUUCGACCAAGCAAGUAUCAGCUGCCGAAAUUGAACGCAAACUCAGAGAAGCCGAAAAACGACGUCUUGAAUUGGAAGCAAAGAAGUGUGCCGAAUGGUCGGCUAAGAAAAAUCGAAUUGAAGAAGCUUCGCGCAAGAAAACCGAAAUGGACAAGGAGUUUUCGAAUCAAGCCAGAGAAAGUUUAAGCGCCAAAAUGGACAACUAUGGAGAAAAUCGCGAAGCCAUUAUGGCCGAUAUGAAAGACAAACUUAAGACUCAAUUCCAAGAAAUUGAAAGAACUCGUGUGUCGUUGGAACAACAAAAGGAUAUUGAGCGUGUGGCAAUAGACAAAAAGUUAAAAACUGCUGCAAAUAUGCGAGAUGAAAACAUUAAGAAAAUGUUGGAACGUCUCAAGGAACAUAACCAAUUGGCGUCAAGAACAAGUGCUGAUGCUCGUGAAAAUCAGAGAGCGAUGGAAAAAUUGCACAUUUUUGAAAACAAAUUGUUUCUAGCCGAACAAAAUCGGCAAAUGGAACUACAGAAAAAACUCGACACUAUACGCCGACACGAUCGUCAUGCUGAAGUUGUUCGCCAAAAAGCAUUGAGUAGCAAAGCUGAACCAAAUGAGCCAAUUGUUGUUGCAUGCGGUUAAAUGAUAUUGAAUUGAUUCACGCUCGAAGCCGUAGUCAACGCUUUUUACAAACAACAACAACAACAACAACAACAUUCCAGUUAAAUUAUAUAUAUGGAAACGAACAUUGCCAGAAUAUGGCAAAUAUACAAAUUUUAUAUAUAUUUAAUCCAAUAUUCGUCAAUAUUUGCUUCAAAACGAAAGCUCAAAAUUUACUAUUGUAAUCAAUGAUGAUAAUGGUUUUGUUUUUUCAUUUCAUUUUCUGUCAAAUAGCAAAAACCAAAGCUUUAUAUUGUCAAAUCCUAAAGUUCAAUUUGCGAUGGUCUUAUGUAAUCUCAUAGGAAAAAAAAGAAAUCAUGUAAAUGCAGUUUCCGGGAAUGUGAAGUGCGAAGUAGGGGCUUUGAGGUUGCGGUUGAAAUUUAUUCGAGAUAUAAAUGAACCAACGAGCAAACCAAUUAGCAUACCUUUUGCAUUGCACAUUCUCAAGCUAUCACUGUAUACUUCUUGCUCCAUUAGUAACCGCGUAUAUUCCUAAUAACAUAUAACUCUAAAAUAUGCCACAUAUACAGUACUUUUAUAUGUAUAUCAAAAUGUAAUUUUUGAUUCCAUUCUCAUUGCGAAUGUGUCUAUUGAAUGUAAUCACUUGCAUGGAUCGCAUUCACUUGUUACUGAUAAAACUAUCAAAUAGAAGAGAAAAGAUAUUUUGCGCGCUUAAAGUACAAACGAAAACAAAUGCAAAUGCACCAAACAGUUUGCAUCAAAAUUUGCAUAUCGAUUCAGUAAAUCCAACGUAUCUAGUUUUUUCUUCAACAAAUUGUAGCCAGUUUAGACACACAACAAUGCCACAAUUUGGACGCAAACAAGACGUAAAAGGAAUAACAACAGCAACACUUGUUUCCGAAAGGUUGGCAUUGAAAGAUAUUAAUCAUUGUUGAGAAUUUUCCAAUUUUAAUGUUUGAGCAGAAUUCCUAUUUAUCCGAACAAACUAACGCCUCAGGUGCAACACCUAUUUCACUUAUAUCACAUUUCAUAUUUAACCAAAACAGAAACUGUACCGUACGUUCUUUGUGAAAAUAUUAUAACUACCGCAAAAAGAUGGUUGACCAAUGCUUCAAUUGCGAUAAAAUACUCAUCAUACGUAAAGGUUUUACAUAUUUUUUAGAUUAAUUCACAAAAUGAAAACGACACAAAACCGUUACAAUUACAGCCAAAAUUUCUUCCGUAAAAAAAUAUUUGCUCAAAAACAUAUUUUGGUUGCUUUACAGUAAAGAAUUUCGAUUUUGAAAAUAAAAACAUUGAAAAACCAACAUGAAAAAAAAAAUUGAACUCAUCGACAUUCGCAUUUAUUUAAUGUAGUCAAAUUCUGGCAGUUGAACUUAAAUUUGUGAAUUUAUUGAAACUAGGUUUUCAUACAUAGCUUGAUGUUUUAAAAAAAAUCAAAAAAGUUGCAAAAAAACUCUAAAAAUUCUAAGCACUUAAACAAAAAUUUACUUAUUUGCACAUUGGGUUUAGUUUAAUAUUGUAAACGGUUUAAUUUGAAGCUACAGAAUUUUCGUGAAAUAAGUGAAAACACGUGAACUCAGUACCAGCCCAAACAUAAGACAAGAAUUGAACAAUUAGAUGUGAAAUUUUGUACGAUGACAAUUUUGUAUUCUUGAUAAUCAACAAAACGUAUAUUUGUCGCUUAUAUUUUUGCUAAAAUUGAUGAUAGUUAAGGACCAAAUGUAGUCAAGAAAAAAAAAAUGAAAAAAAAGGAGCAGUGAUUGUAGCCUUUUUACCCCCCUUUUUUCCUAAUUGUCGUAAUUUAAAGUGCCGCAAUGUUGCCUUUUUACUCCAGCCAUUUAGUUUAUGAUGCUUAGUCAAACAAAGAAAAUAGUGCGUUUUUUUCGUCAUUUUGCUAUAGCUAAAUUUUUGCUUAAUCAUUUCAUAUACAAAUUGAGCUGAUUUUAUGUGAUUUAUAAGUUUAUCAAAUAUAAAUUUAAUAAUUAAAACAAAAAGGUGUGAAAAAAUUAAGAACAUUUUUGGAAGACUGAAUUCAUAUGAGUUUACAGUAAUUCCUUUCCAUUCAUAGACGUACGAUUUUUGUUUCAACGUACAGUUUUAUAUGCUGGCCAUCAUGACUUUUCAUACAGAAAAUUAAAGAACAAAAUAUCUUAUGGUUUGCAAUACCUCAUAUGUUUAACAUUUUUUUUUACUCAUUAAACAAUUGAACCGAUGGGAACAAACGUUAAACAAAAGAGAUGACAUUUUUCACAUUCUCUUUUUAAUAUCAAUCAUCUGCUAUAUGUAAGAGAAGGGUUUGAAGGCGUAGUAGUAGAUCGUAGUGCAAACUUCUUCUCCUUCACUCUCAGCAGAUGCAUAACAGCCAAGCGAACCUGGCUGAAAAUAUCACAGUACAAUGUCUGUUCAAAAUCAAUCGAUUCAAUUGAUCAAAAUUAUCAUUCACUUGCAUGUAAUCAUAUUCUAACUUACAAAAAAUAGCCCCAAACAAAAUGAAAAGAAAACCAUAUUUAACUGCAGAACUAUAUUCAAUAUUUAUAUCAAUAUAUCAGGUAAAUUACAUAAAAGCGACCAUAAAAACGACAUUUUCGUAUGGAUUGUAUAAAAAUCGUUCGAGUGAAUAAAAUAAAAUAAAAAAAAAACGUUUUACAUUUAUAAUAUGUAAUAAUAAUCGCUUUAAUAAACAAGGAGUCCAAAAGAACAAUAAAACAAACAAACUCAACCAAA